AUGCGGCUCUGCCCCACCAUGUGUUUCUCCAGCUCCAUCAUCUGCCUGCUCAUCGUGACGAGCCGGGGCUCCGUUCUGCCGGAAUCCGGGCACAAGGACAGCCGGACAGAUUACGACAUAUCGACCAGGACUGGGAGGAAGUACGACUCUGGGACAAAAGGUAUAGAAGAACGGUUUCAUAAACCGCAUGAACACAACUACUUUGUUCUUCAUGAGUCAAAACCGUCUGCUGGUUAUCCAGAAGUGCCACAGCAAGGUACUAGUACCUCCAAACGAAGGACACGAUCUGCUGGAAACGAUUAUGUCCUCCCACAGCCAAAGCAUAAAGAAGUCACCACCACUCAUGUUCAGAGAAGAGAGAGCCACACAGAUCAUAAUUAUCCCGCAAAGCCGAAAGCUUUCACCUCAGACAAGGUCAAACAGAACCAUUCGCACAAGAGCCACCACCACAACGGCACCGACGACUCUGACGAGCACACGGACGACGAGAACCCCCAUGACGACCAAGUGGAAGACGACGACCAUCAUCAGCAUCACCAUGCAAGCGAGGACGAGCACGACCAUCAUCGGCACGGCGAGGAGGAGCGUCGCCAUGGCAACAUCAUCUCUUGCAGAGACAAAGCCGAUUCGUCGUCGGGGGACGGACAUGCAGACGAAGAUGAGUGGUUGUACGCCUCGCUGGCAGUGGUGGCCAUCAGCCUGUGUGGUCUGAUCAGUGUGGCCGUCAUCCCCAUCAUGCAGAAAUGGUUCUACCAAACCCUCCUGCAGUUCCUGGUCGGGCUGGCCGUGGGGAGCCUCUCGGGAGAUGGCCUCCUGCACCUCAUGCCGCACGCAAUAUUGGACGACGGGAAUAGCCAUGACCACAACGAUGGAGAGGAUCACCGCAACCACCGAGACAACCUCUCCAUGGAAACGAUCGCCAUCUGGCGCUGUUUGGCAGCUCUGGGCGGCAUCUUCCUCUUCUUCAUUGCGGAACGGCUGCUUGGCGCGCUCACUACGUACAGAAGACAAAAGAACGACGCCAAGUUGUCCAGGCAUCCGAAGAACAUGGUUUCGGUCAGGCAGAGAGAAGAAGACGCCAACAAUGGAAACGUUGGCGAAAAAUUAGCGCAACCGAAGAAAAAUUCAUAUGACCACAUUAGAGACAAAGACGAGAAGGAAACGAUACAAAUGUUACAAACUGAGGGCGCUUCUUCAGAGAUAUGCAGAGGAGGGUCGACGCAGUCGGUCCACGAGGUGGGUUUCCACGGAAGGUCGAGCUUCAGCCUCGAGCCGGAAGGUGGCGCUGUGUACCGCGGCCCCGAGUCCGACAGCUCUGUCAUCGUGUCCGAGCACCAUGGCCACGGGCACGGUCACAGUCACGAGGUGCCGCAGUCGGUGACCGCCGUGGCCUACAUGGUCAUCAUGGGGGAUGGCCUGCACAACUUCUGCGAUGGAUUGGCGAUCGGAGCUGCAUUUGCAUCUGGCAAUGCUGACGGACUCAGUACCACCUUAGCUGUGUUCUGCCAUGAACUUCCGCAUGAACUAGACCAAUAUGGACUUACGGAUGAUGAAUUUGACAAAGUUGACUGCAGAUGA